CCUUCGGUAGUUCCGACAUUCCACAGCAUCUAAUCUGGCCGUUCGUUGCAGGAGCCACUCAUCGAUCUUGGCCUGACAUCACCGGAGAACAAAGUUCUCGACAAUCAUGGCGGCUGAUUCGGGGCUCACGGCUCCCGGGAGCAGUACCUACUCCUCGAAUACGCUACAUGUUGGAGAUGGGACAUGGGACUCGGAGCGCGAUACGUUCCUGCUGCCCAACUUGAUGGGGAUUAACUUCGACACAAUGCGAUACAACGGAAUGGGGAACCGAUUCAAAGACAUGCCCGAAUAUCAUACGCUGAUCAUGGUUCACGGUGUCAUCGCCACCAUCGUUUUUCUCGGUCUUGUCCCCAUCUCAGUCUUGAUUGUCCGAUAUUAUUCGCGAUGGAAUCCAUACUGGGCAUUCAAGUUGCACGUCUGGUGCCAGGUUCUGACCGUGAUGCUGAGCACCGUUGUGUUCGUAUUCGGCUGGUUUGCUGUAGGCCCCCGACGUAGUUUGACGAAUCCUCAUCAUGGAAUUGGCUUAGCGAUCUACGUCUUGGUGUGUUUCCAGGUGUUAUGGGGCUGGCUUGUUCACAAAUUCGAAAGGAACAAGAGGCGAUUCCAUGUGCCGCUGAAGCUUGUCAUACAUCGAUGGAUUGGCCGCGCUUUGACAAUAUUGGGGAUUGUGCAAAUACCACUAGGUCUCACUCUUUACGGCUCACCCAAAGUACUUUUUAUUCUAUAUGCGAUCGCCGCCUUCGCGCUUCUGGCCACAUGGUUUGUGUUAUCCUACCUAUACGAUACUGAGGGCUAUCACAUGGAGGGGGACUACGAAGCUCGUCGUAGCUACGUAUCCGGCCCUCCUGGUCCUGAAGGACACCCCCCGGGUGGUCUCGGUCCGAUGGCAGGCGCGGGAGCAGUAGGCUCUGGGUUGGGCUCAGUCUUCAGAAGACGCUCGCGAGGUAAAGACCAUGAGUAUGAUGAUCCGCACCCGGGUUAUCCAGAAGAGAAAUAUUCCGAUGGGGGACGGCGUCGAGGACGGUGGGAGGACACGAUGCUCAAGCUGGGGGCUAUUGGUGGGGGUGCGUGGCUUGUGAAGAAGUUUCUCGACAGAAGGCGAGAUCGGGAUGACGAUACGGAGUCUGGUCGUUAUAGCCGGGCUCAUGCACGCAGCGACAGUAUAACAGAGGAAAGCCUGAGUCGAGUGGAGCCAACACAGCGCACGCCUCUCAAUCGGCCCCCGAGUCGGCCUCCAAGUCGACCACCGAGCCGACCAGCUAGUCGCGCUCAAAGUCCAGGAUCAUCGUACUACUACGACAGCACCUAUCUCUCAUCCGAACCCGCACGGAAACCAUCACACACGCUUCGAAAUGCUGUUCUAGGUGCAGGAGCCUUUGCUGCAUUUAAGGGUCUGUUCUCCCGUCGCAAGGCGAAUGAUGAACAGCGCCGAGUGGAAGACUUGCGUCGCCGCGAGAUGGAAGAUGAAAAGUUAGCUCGCGCGAAUAGUGGGCGACGAUACACUGGAGAUGGCUACUACCCGCGACGAGGUCCAGAGUCGUUCACAGCCACUGAUAUUUCGACGGAGUUGACACAUCCGCCACACCGCCCACCACCACACGGGGAAUCUCUUCUUUCUGCUGUGCCUAUGGCAUCUGGGGCAGCUGAUGGCGCGCGCUCAGACCUGCCUCCGGCAUCAGCUCUUCCGGUCCCGCACGAUCUGCUCUCCGAAGCUCCACCCCCUCCUCGACACGAUUCAGGCGACUUGGCAGCUGGUGUAGCAACGGGGGCGACUUUAGGUGCUGCUGCUGCCUCCUCUGGCCACCGGCACCGCAGCAGAAGCCGGCACCGCGAUGAUCAUGUCGAUUCACCCCCUGUAUCUGUCAAAGUGAAGAUGCACAACGACGGCCGCCAUGUCACGCUCAGGAGAUUGACUGAUGAAGAAGCUGCCGCGAGCCGGGAGGCCAGACGCCGGGAGAGAAGAAACUCACGCCGCCGAGCCGGCAGUGCAAGCUCCCUAUCCGGCAAUGAAGGGGGCAACUACGACCGCUGGCGUCGGGUCGAGGAGCUGGAACGUCAGCAGCAGGCGCAGAUGCACCGAGAGCAAGCCGCAGCGGCGGCGGCGGCGGCUGGGGCUGGAGCAUCUGCGGCUCCCUCAUCUAGCAUCCCCGCAACAUACUAUGCGCCUCCGCCGAACAUGAGCAACUUGCCUCCUCCGCCUCCGCCCCCCGUACCAUCCAGCCAUCCCUACGGCGCAGCCAGUAUUACAUCGCCCGGUACUGGAACGUUCACCGGGACCGAAGCCAGCGAAUACGCGAGCAAUCGACGUCGUAGACGUGCGGAACGAGCUCGUGCACGCCAAGAGAGACAACAGGGCGUUGAAUUCACCUGAAAAAAAAGACAUCUUGCGUUCUCUCUUUCUUGUCUUUCCUUUUUUGUAUAGCAACGAUAUGAUACUGACGAUCUGAUGUGGUAGGAUUAUAUCUCUGUUUGUCGUU